GAGGCCCUUCGGGUCGAUGGAGUGGCGGGCGGCGGAAAGGGACCAGACCCCGGGUGGCUGUUCCUUCUCCUCCUUUUUCUCCUCUUCUUUCUCCUCCUCUUCUUCCUCUUCUUCGUCUUUUUCUUCUUCCUGCCAUUGGGCCGCCCGCUGACUGGGGUUGGGAGGCGCCUUGGCCUAACCGAGGUCCAGGCCCGUGAUCCUUUGCGGUUGGCCAGACCCCAGGCACGACCAUGCCGGACCAGGCCCUGCAGCCGCUGUUGGACAGAAGUUGCUGGGUGUGUUUUGCUACCGACGAAGACGACCGAACAGCCGAGUGGGUGAGACCGUGCAGGUGCAGAGGAUCUACAAAAUGGGUUCACCAAGCUUGUCUCCAGCGAUGGGUGGACGAGAAACAAAGAGGAAACAGCACCGCCAGGGUGGCCUGUCCUCAGUGCAAUGCAGAAUACUUAAUAGUAUUUCCAAAGUUGGGUCCGGUCGUUUACGUCUUAGACCUAGCCGACAGACUGAUCUCCAAAGCUUGCCCGUUCGCCGCAGCAGGAAUAAUGGUUGGUUCGAUCUACUGGACGGCCGUGACGUACGGAGCGGUGACAGUGAUGCAGGUUGUGGGCCAUAAAGAAGGUCUUGACGUUAUGGAAAGAGCAGACCCCCUGUUUCUCUUGAUUGGACUCCCUACUAUCCCUGUCAUGCUGAUUCUGGGCAAGAUGAUUCGCUGGGAGGACUACGUGCUUCGACUGUGGCGCAAAUACUCUAAUAAACUCCAAAUCCUGAACAGCAUAUUUCCAGGAAUCGGAUGUCCCGUUCCUCGUAUCCCAGCCGAGGCCAACCCUCUGGCCGAUCACGUGUCAGCCACCCGUAUCCUGUGUGGCGCCCUGGUCUUCCCCACCGUCGCGACGAUUGUCGGGAAACUGAUGUUCAGCAGUGUUAGUUCCAACCUCCAAAGGACAAUCUUGGGUGGAAUUGCUUUCGUGGCCAUAAAAGGAGCUUUUAAGGUUUACUUCAAACAGCAACAAUAUCUGCGGCAAGCGCACCGCAAAAUACUAAAUUAUCCAGAACAAGAAGAAGCGUAAGGCCGCGCGUCCCAACUGUUGUACAAUCUCACCUACCUGAGUAUGUUGUGUUGUUUUUGAUUCGAUCAUUAUUGCUUAGUGGAUACUUGUGAUAAGUUGCUGCUCCUAUAUUUUUUAAAAAAUAUAAUAAAGCACUUAUGGCAGGGCAGAUCCUCUCAGUAAUCACUGAACUUCCCAGAAUGUGAUCUCCUUGAUUUGUUGUUUGAAUCCCUGUGUGGCAGCUGCAUUCCUCAGCAUGGAACAUACUGGACUCUGUGUUUUCUCCAGACAAAAGUGUGCGAACACCAAAUCGAUCGGUCAAGUAGAGAGGGGAACACAGACUGUUGGCUCCCUAUAGCCUUUUUUUUUUUUAAUACAUUGAAUAUGGUAUAUAAGCACACGCGCACAUUCCUUCCACAGGUAACCCAACCGUCCACGAGGAGAGCGGGGACUGCUUUCCGUUGUCGGUGUAAUAAGACUUAACGGCCAGGCAGGAGCAUUCGUCGAUCUGAGUGGAAUUGGACAUUCUGAAUGAGAUACGCGGUAGACGUGCUGGAGUCAGAAGGAUGAAACGAUCCCGGAACACGUGUGAGCUCAUCUGACGUCCCCGUUCAGAAUGGGCAGGGCCUUUGCUCCUUUUAUCCAAACCGGACGCGGUGUGAAAUCCGCAUCGCGGAGUCCUUGGAGGCCCUGCCGGGAGGCUAUUCUCCUCGAGGCUGGGCCGGCUAGGGGGAAGGACAGGUAGGGACCCUGCCGGGUGGGAUCAGAGCCGCCAAUCCAAAAGCGGCUUCCAUGGAGAAAGGACACCGCCAAGGCUGUACCCUUCGGGACGGAAGCGGCUGCCACGGCUCGUGUGUCCGAAGGAGAGCUCGGAACUCUGUUUUACUGUCAGUCAAAGGGGAGAGUAUUGUUAAGAAAUACCGCUUCCAAACCGCGACCCGCCGGCUCUCCAGGAAAUGUUAAGACCCGUCUCUUUUGACAGGAAACGGUUGGUGUGGAAGAGAAACACUAAUAUUUCUAGAGUCUAGCCCCCGUCGUCCCCGGUUAACGCGGCCAGGACCGUAAUGAUCCCAGUUCUCCUAAGGCGAGCUUCCGAAGGAAGCCAGCAACGAGCCAUUGAUGUCCGCGGGCUCGCGUCCCGCUGACGUUCUUCGUUGUCUUGUGGGUGGCCGUCUUCACCAUCCGGGGUCUAAAGUUCUAAGAAAAAAAUUCCCGACGUCUUUGCUCCAACAGCUGUCCAGCGUGUGGGGAGCAGGAAACAUUUUCCCUUAUCGCUGGAGAAAAUGGGAUUUCUCCUUCACCGUGCAGCCACUCUGCGAGCGAUUUGUAUUGGGUGCAAUAAUGUGUAAUAGUUUUAGUGAACCAAAACUUCUGUCUAAAAUACGGGGGAUAGUGUCGAGAUGUCUAAUACCGUCUGUACAAUGGCCACGGAGUAUUGGAAAGCUGAAGUUAUUUGGAGAAAGGGAGAAGAAACCCAGAUUCAACCGACAUGGAGAAUCUCGUCCCACCAGUGAGGCGGGAAGAGCGCGUCAGUUUCCGAAUUGUGUUUAUUUUAGGUUGUAUAGGAAGAGGAUUUCUAUUUUGCGACUGAAACCCGUGAAACAUGUUUGUGUUCCGGUUAGUCUUCCUCUGCAAGAAACAGCGUAUUUUGGGGGAACUGCCUUUUGGGGCCCCUUCCCGGAGGGAGAAGUCUCUGCUUCGGCAUAGAGCCCCGUACGGCGCCGAAAGCAGUUGGUUGGGGUGAGGGGGAUCGAAUGAAGGAAUAGGGCCCAGUGAGGGCGAGGGCGGAUGUCCCGGCCUUACGGAAGGCGGACCGCGUCUGCCAGGCCGGGGGGUCCAGAGGCCAAGAGGGAGGAGGAGCGAGACUGAGCUGUCGAGGGGCCGGGGGCGUUGGUUGUUUCAUUUUACAUCCGAGCCUCGUCUCUCUCUCCAACUAUCCGUAAGCUUCCACCAAAUCCAACAGCGGAAACUAAUGGAACCCUACUCUGCGGGGGGAGAAAGGAGCUUCACGGAAAAGUCGCCGAAAACGCCGUCCGGCACACCCUCGUUAGAACUGUGAAGAGGAGAAAAGGACAAACUCAGUGACUUAGUCUAUCACUGUCUUGCUAGUUAUGCUGUAAAAUGCACAGAAUCUUGUUUAACAGUGCAAAAUAUAUCAGUACUGGCUGUUUUGGAUUGAAUAAAGGAUUUUUAUGUUC